CGAAGGUAAAAGCCAGAGAUCUCGAUUUAGUAAGCAUAGCACAGCAAUCAGGAUUCGAAUAUUCAACGUUCUGCAAGUACCACUGCAGUCAGUCUUUCUGCCACAAGUGAAGCACCCGUCCAUAAAUCAUUCAGGUAUAACAUGUAAACACACAAGCAAGGAAUUAGAAUGACAAGCUGGAGUUAAGAUAUAGUAUAGGAUCGUGCACAAGUCGUCAACACUCUCCUCAGCAGUUGCAGCCGUAGCUUUGCGAACUCUCUGAGUCAAGUUGGAUUGGAUCGGGGUAGUCGACAUACCUCGAUUCUUCCUGUUCCUGUUGCAGUGCGUUCUUGGCCACGGUUUGGAAUGCUUGCUCCACGUUGAUCGCCUCCUUCGCGGAUGUCUCGAAGUAAGGAAUGUUGCCCUUGGACUGACACCACGUCAUAGCACGCUUCUGGGUGACCUGAAACGACGCAAAGCGAAUUGGAACUGGGAGUUCGGGACAGCAAAAUACCAUCCCACCUGUCGCUUAUUCUCCUCCAC